AUGGAUCCAGAAGAUAUACUUGUAAACAAAUACUUGAAUGGGAUACAAUCUCACAUUCAAGAAGCCCUUGAAGUUCUUGACAUCUGGGAUGUGGGAGAUGCACAUCAAAGAGCCUUUAAAGUGGAGCACUCUCGAAGCCGUAAACAACAAACCACUUUCACUUCCAAUCGGCCAAGUCAAAAUCCGAACCGAUAUUGGAGGAGUCUUAAGUCAAAGAGAUGUCCCAUCGCUUUCUUUAGCGAGAAGUUGAAUGGUGCUAAGCUCCGUUAUAGCACUUACGAUUUAGAGUUCUAUGCUCUCUUUCGUCAACAAAAGCUCAGUUCUCGACGAGCAAAAUGGGUGGAGUAUCUUCGAGAAUUCAACUUCCAUAUCAAGCACAAGGCCAGUGUUCAAAACCAAGUUGCCGAUGCCCUUAGUCGCAAGAAGGGUUUGCUCUCUAUGAUGCGUACUACUGUGCUUGGUUUUGAAUCAUUUCAAGAGCUUUAUGAAGAAGAUGAUUACUUCUCCAAACACCUCUCGGAUGCAAAAGACAAGGUCCUUGCUGAUUUUACUAUUUGUGAUGAUUUCUUAUUCAAAGAAAAUCGCUUGUGUGUUCCGGAUUGCUCCCUUCGACAAAAGGCAAUCCAUGAAACUGUGCAUCAAAAGCUUCAAGAUAAGAUGGAGCUCUACAAAAAGGCUUUUGAUGAACGGCAUCGUGAGUUGCAGACAACAGCAGAAGGUGAUAGAGAGAGCAGGUCCGGACAAAAUACUCCAAUAGCUCAAGAUUGCAAUCCCAACAACCCAACCUUGUUUCAUGUUGGUGUUGUCCUUGAUUUAGAUUCAGUGAUUGGAAAGGUUGCAGAAAGAUGCAUCUCCAUGGCACUCUCUGAUUUCUAUGCUGUUCAUCCUAAUUAUAACUCAAAGAUUGUUCUUCAUGUGAGAGAUUCAAGAGGAGAUGCUGUUAAUGCCGCGUCUGCAGUCCUUUUGAGGUUAGAGAUGAAGUACCCAGUCCAUGUUCUUUUGCCUUUCAUCUUGAUAUUCUCUCUGAGUCUCUUCAUUGGCAAAUUUGGUGUGGCUCAAAAUACAACCAUACCCUUCAAUGUUGGGGUGGUUCUUAAUUUCAAUAAACAAAUUGGGAGAAUUGGGUUGAGCUGCAUCUCCAUGGCUUUGUCUGAUUUCUAUGCCACUCACAGUUUCUACAAAACAAGAAUGGUUUUCCACACCAGGGAUUCCAAGAACAGUGUGGUCCAUGCUGCUUCUAUGGCUCUUGACCUACUAAAGAACAAAGAAGUACAAGCAAUUAUUGGGCCACAAACAUCAUCCCAGGCCGAUUUUGUGAUUGAUCUUGGAGACCAAGCUCAUGUGCCCAUUAUCUCUUUCUCUGCAACAAGUCCUUCUCUGUCUUCAGCUCAAACACCUUAUUUUGUCAGGGCUUCCCUUAAUGACUCCUCUCAGGCAAAAGCAAUUGCUUCCAUUGUCCAAGCCUUCAGCUGGAAGGAUGUUGUAGUGAUAUAUGAGAAUACUAAUUAUGGUAAUGGAAUUGUACCUUAUUUGGUUGAUGCCUUCACCGCAAUUGAGACUCGUGUACCCUAUAGAAGUGUCCUUUCUCCUUCAGCCACCGAUGAUCGAAUUCUUUCGGAGCUCUACAAGUUGAUGACAAUGCAAACUAGAGUAUUUGUUGUUCAUAUGUCAUACUCCCUCGCUGCUCGUUUCUUUGUUAAAGCAAAGAAUGUUGGAAUGAUGAAUGAAGGAUAUGCCUGGAUUAUCACAAAUGGGCUAUCUACUCGAUUGAAUUCCAUGGAUCCCUCAGUUGUCCAUUCUAUGCAAGGUGUACUUGGUAUUGAGCCUUAUGUGCCCAUGUCUGAUAAACUUAAGAAUUUUAACAUUAGAUGGACACAGAAAUUCCACAAGGAAAACCCUGAUAUGGAAAGAGCUACCCUCAACACUUUUGGACUGUGGGCAUAUGAUACUGUUUGGGCACUAGCACUGGCAGCUGAGAAAGUUGGGGCAGAGAAUACCCAUUUCCAGCACCCACAAGUUGUUGAUGGACUAACAGACCUUUCAACUCUUGGAAUCUCUACAAUAGGUCCUAAACUUCUCCAGGCAAUCUUGGAGACAAAAUUUACAGGCUUAAGUGGAGAAUUUAGCCUUGUUGAUGGACAACUACAAUCAUCGGUAUUCCGAAUACUCAAUGUAAUAGGUGAUGGAGGAAGGGAGAUUGGGUUCUGGACCCCAACAAAUAGAAUUUUACGCGAACAGAGUGCAGUUGAUACAAAAUUUUAUUCGUCUUUGAAUUCCAAUCUCGGUGAUAUCGUAUGGCCAGGAAAUUCUAUUAUUGUGCCUAAGGGUUGGGUAAUCCCUACAAAUGGGAAGAAAUUGAAGAUUGGAGUUCCUGUUGGGCAAGAAUUUACUGAAUUUGUGAAGGUAGCAAUAGAUCCUACUACAAAUGCCCCAAUUGUCACUGGGUACUGCAUUGAUGUUUUUAAUGCUGUAAUUGAGGAACUGCCAUAUGCUCUUCCUUAUGAGUUUAUUCCAUUCAUGAAGUCUGAUGGUAAAAGUGCCGGGACAUACAAUGAUUUGAUCUACCAAAUAUAUCUCCAAAAAUAUGAUGCAGUGGUUGGUGAUGUAACUAUCAGAGCCAAUCGGUCCAUCUAUGUCGAUUUUACAAUGCCAUUCACAGAGUCAGGGGUAACAAUGAUAGUUCCAAUCAAAGAAGAUCAGAGAAAGAAUCGGUGGGUUUUCUUGAAGCCUUUAAAAUGGGAUCUAUGGUUUACUACUCUGGCUUUCUUCAUCUUCACAGGCUUUGUCAUCUGGGUUCUCGAACACAGAGUAAACAAUGAUUUUAGGGGUUCACCUAUAAAUCAACUUGGAAUGAUCUUCUGGUUUGUCUUCUCAACAAUGGUUUUUGCACAUAAAGAGGUCUUCAGCAACUUGGCGAGGUUCGUUGUUAUCAUAUGGGUUUUUGUUGUGCUCAUCCUCACAUCAAGUUACACAGCAAGCCUAACUUCCAUGCUGACAGUUCAACAGCUUCAACCUACUGUCACAGAUGUAAAAGAGCUCAUAAGAAAUGGGGCUUAUGUGGGGUACAAACAAGAUUCAUUUGUGUUUGAGAUGCUAAAGCAAAUGAGAUUUAAUGAGUCCAAGAUUAGAACCUAUGCAAGUUUAGAAGAACUGGAUGAAGCUUUAUCUAAAGGGAGUGAUAAUGGUGGUAUUGCUGCUGCUUUUGAUGAGAUCCCUUACAUGAAACUCUUUCUUUCAAAAUACUGUGACAAGUACACAAUGGUUGGACCCACAUAUAAGGCAGAUGGAUUCGGCUUCGCUUUUCCAAAAGGUUCUCCACUGGCAUCUGAUGUUUCGAGGGCAGUAUUAAAUGUAACUGAAGGAGUAAAAAUGUCGCGGAUUGAGCAAGCAUGGUUUGGGCAGCACAAUUGUCCAGACCUUAGUACCAAGGUUUCUUCAUCUAGUCUUACACUAGAUAGUUUUGGGGGAUUGUUCAUCAUCACUGGAGCUGCUUCACUGCUAGCCCUCUUCAUAUUCUUACUUAUUUUCUUUCGUAACUAUGAGAACAUCAUCAGACGUGAUGAUCCUAACACUUUUAAACUCAAAAGAAUUGUUGAGAUGGCAAAAAAAUAUGAUGAGAUGGAUCCUUCCUCUCAUGACUCUAGAGUAACUAAAAAUCACAAAAAAAAUACUGGAAUUGCAUCAAGCAUUGAAGCUUCACCCAUAUCUAUUGCACUAAGUCCACCUACAAGUCCCUACGUUAUAGACAGGUAUUGCAAUCCUUUUGGAGAAGAAGACCAAGAGCGGGCAUCAACCAGUUCCUCUGGUAUGGAUGGAAAUGUCACUCCCUUGGAAGGUCAAGGGAGUCCAUUUAGUACCCACCCGAAUGUAGAUAAGAGGCAAGCUACGGAAAUAAUUUCUAUUGAGAUUAUUGGUUGA